CAGAAUAAAAACCAAGACAAGCCACAUAAAAGCAACCUAAAAAUUAAACUGUCAUCAUAUUAUUUGUUUUAAAACUAUGGAAUAAUAUAUCUGAGGAAGAUUACUCUCAAAAUUGUUUUUCUCAAUUUCAAGUCAGAAGACAUGUCUUCAUCUACAUGGCAUCUUUCCUUACCUCUAUGUGCCAUACGAUGGUUAUGGACAACAGCCAGAAAGCUAUCUUUCUCAGAUGGCAUUCAGUAUCGACAGAGCACUUAAUGUGGCUUUAGGCAAUCCAUCUUCCACUGCUCAGCAUGUGUUCAAAGUGUCAUUAGUAUCAGGAAUGCCUUUUUAUGGAUAUCAUCAGAAGGAAAGACACUUCGUGAAGAUCUAUCUUUACAAUCCUGCAAUGGUGAAAAGGAUAUGUGAACUUUUGCAAAGUGGAGCCAUAAUGAAUAAAUUUUACCAGCCCCAUGAAGCGCAUAUUCCCUACCUCCUACAACUCUUCAUUGACUACAAUCUUUAUGGAAUGAACUUAAUAAACCUGGCUGCUGUCAAGUUCCGAAAAGCAAGAAGGAAAAAUGGUGUAUCCAAUGCAACUGGAUCAUGCAAAGAUCAGUCAUCAGGAAAUUCUCCAGCUAGUACUUUAUUUCAGUGGAAGGAAGAAGAAAUACCAAGCUCUUUAUUACUAGAAGGAGUUGAACCACAGAGUACAUGUGAAUUAGAAGUGGAUGCGGUAGCAGCUGACAUCUUAAAUCGGUUGGAUAUUGAGGCUCAAAUUGGUGGAAACCCCGGUCUCCAAGCCAUAUGGGAAGAUGAAAAGCAACGGCGAAGAAACAGAAAUGAAAUUUCUCAAAUUAGCCAACCUGAAUCACAAGAUCGCAGGUUGAUGCCAUCAACAGAAAGUGAAAAAAAAUUUCAGAAGAGACUUCAAGAAAUUCUCAAGCAAAAUGACUUUUCUUUAACAUUAUCAGGAUCUAUGGACAACAGUGAUGGAUCCCAAGAAUUUUCUGCUGAGUUAACAUUACACUCUGACAUUCUCACUCCUGAAAUGCUACAGUGUACUCCAGCCAAUAUGAUAGAAGUUCACAAGGACACAGAGUUGAACAAAGAUCAUACUAGACAUAAAGUGGAAAAUGCACUUAUUAAUGAAGAAGCAAUUUUGAAUCUCAUGGAAAAUAGUCAGACUUUUCAACCUUUGACACAAAGACUGAGUGAGUCACCUGUUUUCAUAGGCAGUAGUCCUGAUGAGUCUCUGGUACAUCUUCUUGCUGGCUUGGAAAGUGAUGGAUAUCAAGAGGGAAGAAAUAGGCUGUCAUCACCAUGUCGCCCCUUUGGUCAUACGAAAAAUCCCCAAAAUAGUGAUGAUGAAGAAAAUGAACCACAGAUUGAAAAAGAGGAAAUGGAGCUUAGUUUGGUGAUGUCCCAGAGAUGGGAUAACAAUAUUGAAGAACAUUGUACCCAAAAGAGUUCACUGUGCAGAAACGCCCACAGAAGUUCAACCGAAGAUGAUGAUUCAUCUUCAGAAGAUGAAAUGGAAUGGAGUGAUAACAGUUUGCUUCUUGCCAAUCUUUCUAUACCUCAGUUAGAUGGAACUGCAGAUGAAAACAGUGACAAUCCACUGAAUAAUGAAAGUUCUAGAACCCAUUCUUCUGUGAUUGCAACAAGCAAGCUAUCAGUUAAGCCUUCCAUCUUUCACAAAGAUGCUGCUACAUUAGAACCCCCAUCUUCUGCUAAGAUUACAUUUCAGUGUAAACACACAAGUGCCCUUUCUUCCCACGUUUUGAACAAGGAAGACUUAAUUGAAGACCUUUCACAGUCAAACAAUGUAGAAAAAGUUAUAGAUAAUUCAGUCUCUUCUUUUGCAAAUGAAAGCACUUACUCUAUGAAAUAUGGAUCUUUAAGCAGUGGUGUACACUCAGAAAACUCUCAUAAAGAGAUUUGUAAGAAAGAUAUCCUUCCAAUAUCUUCGUGUGAACGUAAUAUUUUUGACUAUGAAGAAGAUAUUCCAUCUGUUACAAGACAAGUACCAAGUAGAAAGUAUUCAAAUGUUAGAAAGAUUGAAAAGGAUGCUCCUUUUAUACACAUAAACCGUCACACAAGCGAGAAUACAUUGGGUAAAAACUCUUUCAGUUUUUCUGAUUUAAAUCACUCAAAAAAUAAAUCAGCCCCUGAAGGAAAUGGAAAAGGAAGCAGCACAUCUCUGAAUAGUUUAUUUUCCUCAUCAUUAAGUGAAAAUUGUGACUCGCUAUCAUGCUCAGGGGAGAAUAGAACUGUGGCACAUUCUCUUGAUAACAUUGCUGAUGAGAGUGGACUAAAUAAACUUAAAAUCAGAUAUGAAGAAUUUCAAGAACAUAAACCAGAAAAGCCAAGUCUCAGCCAGCAAGCAGCACAUUAUAUGUUUUUUCCCAGUGUUGUUCUUUCUAAUUGUCUCACUAGACCACAAAAACUUUCUCCUGUCACAUAUAAACUACAAGCUGGCAGUAAAGCAUCCCGGCUAAAAUUGAAUAAAAGGAAACUUGUGGGUCAUCAGGAGAUUUCUACCAAAAGUAAUGAGACUGAAACCACAAAAAAUAGUUGUGUGCAAAAUAAUCCAUAUAAUAGCAAUCCUGAGAAAAAUAAUGCUUUGGCCAGUGAUGUAAUUAAAGCCACUUGUGGAACUUUUGAAAACAAAACAUCUACAGACAAUUUUUUAGACUGUCACUUUGGAGAUGGAACCUUAGAAACUGAACAGUCCUUUGGACUGUAUGGAAAUAAAUACACACUUCGGGCCAAACGCAAGGUAAAUUAUGAAACUGAAGAUAGUGAGUCAAGUUUUGUAACACAUAACACAAAAAUUAGCCUACCUCAUGCCAUGGAAAUCAGUGAAAGUUUAGAUGGAACUCUCAAAUCUCGAAAACGAAGAAAAAUGUCUAAAAAGCUGCCCCCUGUCAUUAUUAAGUAUAUUAUUAUUAAUAGAUUUAGAGGGAGGAAAAAUAUGCUUGUGAAGCUAGGAAAAGUAGACUCUAAAGAAAAACAAGUAAUAUUAACAGAGGAAAAAAUGGAACUAUAUAAAAAACUUGCACCUUUGAAGGAUUUUUGGCCAAAAGUUCCUGAUUCCCCUGCAACCAAAUAUCCCAUUUAUCCACUAACGCCAAAGAAAAGUCACAGAAGAAAAUCAAAACAUAAGUCUGCUAAGAAAAGAAAUGGUAAACAACAAAGGACAAAUAGUGAAAAUAUUAAAAGAACUUUAUCUUUCAGGAAAAAGCGAUCCCAUGCUGUUCUUUCUCCUCCUUCACCAUCUUAUAAUGCUGAAACCGAAGACUGUGACUUAACUUAUAGUGAUGUUAUGUCUAAACUAGGUUUUCUUUCUGAGAGAAGCACAAGCCCUAUCAAUUCUUCUCCACCUCGCUGCUGGUCUCCCACAGAUCCAAGAGCUGAAGAAAUUAUAGCUGCUGCAGAAAAAGAAACAAUGCUUUUUAAGAGUCCUACUGCAUUAAAUUGUAAGACAGCUAAUUCUCGUGUAGGAAAAAAUAGUCGGCCGAGAACGCAAGCUAAGAAAUCAAAAACAAAGCUUGUUAAUUCUUCUGUAGUUACUAAGAAGAGAAACAAACGGAAACAGACACAUAAACUAGUAGAUGAUGGAAAAAAGAAGCCAAGAGCCAAACAGAAACAAAAAACAAAUGAGAAAAGUACAUCAAGAAAACACAUAAUGCUUAAGGAUGAGAAAAUAAAACCUCAGUCUGGUACUGAAGUUAAGUUUAUGCUAAAGCAUCAGAAUAUUUCUGAGCUCACAAAUAGUUCUAGCUCUCAAGUACUUCUUAAGCAGAAAGAGGUGUGCCUCACAGGCUCUUCUACAGAUCAUCCCCUUACUGCUCCACAGCCUAUGGGAAUCAAUGCACAACAGAAGUUAUCUGGAUGCUUUUCUUCAUUUUUAGAAAGCAAAAAGUCUAUAGAUUUGCAGACAUUCCCUAGUUCACUAGAUGAGUUUCAUUCAUCAGUUGUUUGUGGAUCUAUAGCACCUGGAAUCUCAAAAAUUAAUAUUCAGAGGUCUCAUAAUCAAAGUGCUAUGUUUUCUCUAAAGGAAUCAACCUUGAUUCAAAAAAAUAUAUUUGACCUUUCCAACCAUUUGUCUCAGGUUGCACAAAGUUCACAGAUGUCUUCAAGUGUAAUGUCUCCAAAGAUAGAAGAGAAUACAAAUACAAAGAAAAAUUAUAUGCCAUCUAUUGGGAAGUUAAGUGAGUAUCAUAAUACCCUAGAAUCAAAAUCAGACCAGAUCUAUGCUCCUAAUUUUUUGCAUUGCAAAGAUAGUCAGCAGCAGAUUGUGUGCAUGACAGAACAAUCAAAACAUAGUGAAGCUAGUUCUCCCCGAAAUGUAGCUUCUGAAGAAGGCCAGAUGCCUAAUAAUUGCAUUGUAACUUCCUUAAGAAGUCCAGUCAAACAAAUGGCAUGGGAGCAGAAACAAAGGGGCUUUAUUUUAGAUAUGUCAAAUUUUAAACCUGACAAAGUAAAACAAAGGUCAUUGUCGGAAGCAAUUUCACCAACUAAAACACUUUCUCAUUGUAAAAAUCAAAAUAUGUCAACACCGUCAUCUUUUGGUGAAGGACAGUCUGGACUAGCAGUUCUAAAAGAAUUGUUACAAAAAAGACAGCUGAAAGCACAAAAUUCAAAUAUUACACAAGACCAAUUAUCUAAUAAACAUCAACCAAACAGAAAUAUUUCUGGUUCCCUCGAACAUAAUAAAGCAAAUAAACGGACACGAUCAGUAACAUCUCCAAGAAAACCUCGUACUCCCAGAAGUACAAAACCUAAAGAAAAAACUGCCAAACAUCUAAAAGUAGAGUCUCUAAAUUUACAAAACUCUGGCCAGUUAGAUAAUUCAUUGUCAGAUGAUAGUCCCAUCUUUUUUUCAGAUCCAGGUUUUGAAAGUUGUUAUUCCCUUGAAGAUAGUUUGUCUCCUGAACAUAAUUAUAAUUUUGAUAUUAACACAAUAGGUCAAACUGGAUUUUGUAGCUUAUAUUCUGGCAGUCAGUUUGUUCCAGCUGAUCCCAAUUUGCCUCAAAAGUUUCUAAGUGAUGCUGUUCAGGAUCUCUUCCCAGGACAAGCUAAAGAAAAAAAUGAAUUUUUAAGUCAUGACAACCAGAAGUGUGAUGAAGAGAAGCAUCAUGUUUCUGACUCAGCCUCAUGGAUUAGAUCUGGAAAUUUAAGUCCUGAACUUUUUGAGAAAUCGUCCAUAGAUUGCAAUGAGAGUCAUCGCCACAACCAAUGGAAAAAUAGCUUUCAUCCUCUAACAACUCGAUCUAAUUCAAUAAUGGAUUCUUUCUGUGUCCAGCAAGCAGAGGACUGUCUCAGUGAAAAAUCCAGAUUAAAUAGGAGUACAGUGAGCAAAGAAGUGUUUCUUAACCUCCCACAACCAAGCAAUUCAGACUGGCUUCAAGGUCAUAAUAGGAAAGAAUUGAGGCAGUCUCUUGACUCGGUUAAUACCUCUUUUACUACAAUACUUUCCUCCCCUGAUGGUGAGCUUGUGGAUGCAGCCUCUGAAGAUUUAGAAUUGUAUGUUUCAAGAAACAAUGAUAUAUUGACACCAAGUCCUGAUAGUUCACCAAGGUCUACUAGUUCUCCUUUACAAUCUAAAAAUGGCAGUUUCACCUCUCGCACUGCUCAUAUUCUGAAACCACUUAUGUCACCACCAAGUAGAGAAGAAAUUGUAGCAACUUUGUUGGAUCAUGACCUUUCUGAGACUAUAUACCAGGAACCAUUUUGCAGUAAUCCUUCUGAUGUACCAGAAAAACCCAGGGAGAUUGGUGGACGGCUCCUUAUGGUAGAAACUCGACUUCCAAAUGAUCUGGCAGAGUUUGAAGGAGACUUUUCCUUGGAAGGACUUCGUUUGUGGAAAACAGCCUUCUCAGCAAUGACUCAGAAUCCCAGACCAGGGUCACCUGUUUGUAAUGGCCAAGCAAUUGUCAAUAAAGGGUCAAGUAAUAGCCAUAAAAUGGUUGAAGAUAAAAAAAUUGUGAUUAUGCCUUGUAAAUGUGCCCCAAGUCGACAACUGGUUCAAGCAUGGCUUCAAGCCAAAGAAGAAUAUGAACAUUAUAAAAAAUUCCCUAAGACUGAGCCAAUUGUAAAAUGUGCUGAGCAGUUCAGUUCAUUAGUUAAUCCAGAUGAGAAACCUAUAGUGCUUCCACAAAUGGAUGUAAGUCCACAUUUACUUCCCUCUGCAUCACAUACCAAGGAGCUUAUUGCUCAUUCUCAGAUUGCUUUAGUAGCACCAACCACGGGAUGUAGUCAGAUGUUGUUACCAAUUGCCCCUACAGAUAAUCCUGAGAAAGAAGAUGAUGACAGUAGCUAUUAUGUUAAUGAUAGCUCCCCUGAUUCUUCAGUAAUUCCCCCUUGGCAACAAGCAGCAUCCCCAAAUUUCAAAGCAUUAUGUGGAGAUGAUAGACCUUCAUCAACCGUAGAGGAACUAUGUUCUCUGGCUGUUGAGAACUUCGUAAAGCCAAUAAAAGAUGAUAUACACAAAAGCCCUUGUAGUGAGCCUCAGCAGCCACUAAUGAUCUCUCCAAUUAAUGCUAAGGCAAGAACUGAGAAAUGUGAAUCAUUUUGCCUUCAUAGUACACCAAUUAUACAGAGAAAACUUCUGGAAAGGCUUCCUGAAGCAACUGACCUUAGCCCUUUAUCAACAGAACCAAAAACACAGAAGUUGAGUAAUAAGAAAGGAAGUAAUACUGACACUCUUAGAAGAGUACUCUUAACAACUCAGACGAAGAAUCAGUUUGCAGCAGUAAAUUCCCCCAAGAAAGAAACGUCUCAGAUUGAUGGACCAUCUUUGAACAACACUUACGGUUUCAAAGUCAGCAUACAAAACUUACAGGAGGCAAAAGCUUUACAUGAGACACAAAAUCUUACCCUAAUCAGUGUGGAGUUACAUGCUCGAACUAGAAGAGAUUUGGAACCAGAUCCUGAGUUUGAUCCAAUCUGUGCCUUGUUCUACUGUAUUUCAUCAGACAGUCCACUCCCAGAUACAGAAAAAACAGAACUCACUGGUGUAAUAGUGAUUGAUAAAGAUAAAACAGUCUUUGGUCAAGAUAUCAGAUAUCAGACCCCAUUGCUUAUCAGAUCUGGAAUUACAGGACUAGAAGUUACAUAUGCUGCUGAUGAGAAGGCACUCUUUCAAGAAAUUGCAAAUAUAAUGAAGAGGUAUGAUCCUGAUAUUCUUUUAGGAUAUGAGAUUCAAAUGCAUUCCUGGGGCUACCUUUUACAAAGAGCCGCUGCUUUAAGUGUUGACUUAUGUCAGAUGAUCUCUCGAGUACCAGAUGACAAAAUUGAGAACAGAUUUUCAGCUGAAAGAGAUGACUAUGGAUCAGAUACAAUGAGUGAAAUAAAUAUUGUUGGUCGAAUCACACUAAAUCUUUGGAGAAUCAUGAGAAAUGAGGUGGCUCUAACUAACUACACCUUUGAAAAUGUGAGCUUUCAUGUUCUUCACCAGCGUUUUCCCCUAUUUACCUUUCGCGUCUUGUCAGAUUGGUUUGAUAACAAGACAGAUCUAUACAGAUGGAAAAUGGUUGAUCAUUAUGUUAGCCGUGUCCGUGGAAAUCUCCAAAUGUUAGAACAACUGGACCUAAUUGGGAAAACCAGUGAAUUGGCUAGACUUUUUGGCAUUCAAUUUUUACAUGUACUGACAAGGGGUUCACAGUACCGUGUGGAAUCAAUGAUGUUGCGUAUUGCUAAACCAAUGAACUAUAUUCCUGUGACACCCAGUGUUCAACAGCGUUCUCAAAUGAGAGCCCCACAGUGUGUUCCCCUAAUUAUGGAGCCUGAAUCUCGCUUCUAUAGCAAUUCUGUUCUCGUUUUGGACUUUCAGUCAUUAUAUCCUUCUAUUGUGAUUGCAUACAACUACUGUUUUUCCACUUGCCUUGGCCAUGUGGAAAACUUGGGAAAGUAUGAUGAGUUCAAAUUUGGCUGUACCUCUCUAAAAGUACCUCCAGAUUUACUUUACCAAAUUAGGCAUGAUAUCACAGUAUCCCCCAAUGGAGUAGCUUUUGUCAAGCCUUCAGUAAGAAAGGGUGUCCUACCAAGAAUGCUUGAAGAAAUUUUGAAGACUAGAUUCAUGGUGAAGCAGUCAAUGAAGGCUUACAAGCAAGACAGGGCCCUUUCACGAAUGCUCAAUGCACGUCAACUAGGACUAAAGCUGAUAGCAAAUGUCACAUUUGGCUAUACAUCUGCUAAUUUUUCUGGACGAAUGCCUUGCAUUGAGAUUGGUGACAGUAUUGUUCACAAAGCCAGAGAAACUUUGGAAAGAGCAAUUAAACUGGUGAAUGAUACCAAGAAAUGGGGUGCUAGAGUUGUAUAUGGUGAUACUGACAGUAUGUUUGUGCUACUGAAAGGAGCCACUAAGGAGCAGUCUUUUAAGAUUGGUCAAGAAAUUGCUGAAGCUGUAACUGCUACCAAUCCUAAACCAGUGAAAUUGAAGUUUGAAAAGGUAUAUUUGCCCUGUGUGUUACAAACAAAAAAGAGGUAUGUGGGUUAUAUGUAUGAAACACUGGACCAAAAGGAACCAGUAUUCGAUGCAAAAGGAAUAGAAACUGUUAGAAGAGAUUCUUGCCCUGCUGUUUCUAAGAUACUUGAACGUUCUCUAAAGCUGCUGUUUGAAACAAGAGAUAUAAGUCUAAUUAAGCAGUAUGUUCAGCGACAAUGUAUGAAACUUCUGGAAGGAAAGGCCAGCAUACAAGAUUUUAUCUUUGCCAAGGAAUACAGAGGAAGUUUUUCUUACAAACCUGGAGCUUGUGUUCCAGCUCUAGAACUUACAAGGAAAAUGCUUGCUUAUGACCGGCGUUCUGAACCUCGUGUUGGGGAACGAGUGCCAUAUGUCAUUAUUUAUGGAACUCCUGGAGUUCCACUUAUCCAGCUGGUAAGGCGCCCAGCAGAAGUUCUUCAGGAUCCAACUCUGAGGCUGAAUGCCACUUACUAUAUCACUAAGCAGAUCCUCCCACCCCUGGCAAGAGUCUUCUCACUUAUUGGUAUUGAUGUCUUCAGCUGGUAUCAUGAGUUACCGAGGAUCCAGAAAACUACCAACUCCUCUCACAGUGAACCUGAAGGACGAAAAGGCACUAUUUCACAGUAUUUCACUACUUUACACUGUCCUGUGUGCGAUGACCUGACUCAGCAUGGCAUCUGUAGUAAAUGUCGGAGCCAGCCUCAACAUGUUGCAAUCAUUCUCAACCAAGAAAUUCGAGAAUUGGAACGAAAACAGGAGCAACUUGUAAAGAUAUGCAAGAACUGUACAAGUUCCUUUGACCGACAUAUCCCAUGUGUUUCUCUGAACUGUCCAGUACUUUACAAACUCUCUCGAGUAAAUAGAGAAUUAUCCAAGGCACCAUAUCUCCGGCAAUUACUAGACCAGUUUUAAAUUAUUAAUAUCUCAGAAUUCCAGGUGCUAUUUGUUCAGUGUUUACCACUAAGCUGUCAUGCAUGGUGCUUCCUCAACUUUCAUCAAGGAUGUUCAUUGUCUGUCUGUUAUCUGAAGACUAUGAAGACUUUUAUGUUAACUGAAUUAGAAGUUAUACUCAUUGAUCUCAGAGUAACUCACUUCUUACAAUGUACAAAUUCCUCAUUCUUUCACAUUGUUUUAUAAAGCAGGUGUUGAAUUUGCCUCCAGUAUGUGUACCACCUUGUAAAUCCAUUUGAACAGAUCAUGUUUACUUCCCUGUGGAAGGAACACUUUGAAAACCUCUUAAAGAAAUACCAUUUGUGUGUUUUCCUUGAACUUCUGUAUCAAGAUGUGUUGCUUAGAAAUAUCCAUUCAAUUUAUAAUUUUGACUGCAAAAUAUUUUGUAAAUAUACUUUUUUACUUUUCAAACAACUGAGUAAAAUAAUGUGCAAUGAAUUUUUAUACAAAUGAUUUUCAAGUUGUUUGGUAUAUUUCCUCUAGGUUUUGCUUGACUCAAAAGUAGAUUUGUUAUUUUGAUCAGACUGUGGAAACAAAUAGUACCAUGUGUAGCAUUUUGAAACAUUAUUUUCUAAAAAACAAAAACAAAAAAAUGCUGUCUUGCUUUAUUAGCUAUUAAUGGGGCGUUGUGAGGAACUGUGCAAAGACAUUUUUGUUACAAACCUGUGGGCCUGUUGCAAUACUUUAAAAAUAAAAAAUUUUAUUCCAUCUUUGCUUGUUUUGUAUAGACAUUUCUAUUGCUUCUAAAUAUGCUCAAAAUACUUUCUCUCCUUAAGUAUUGUACAGUUAUGUAUUGUACAGUUAAUCUCGUUUGCCGCCAUCUUGGACACAAAAUGUGUGUUUAGAAUAUUUGUAUAACUGUAUAAAAUUUAAAAGGAAUUAUGUGGUCAGCGCAUUGUUUUUUAAACUGGAAAUCAUUUUGUUUUAAGAGUUAAUAAUGAAAACCAUAUUAAAAUUGAAUAAAAUAUGAAAUAUAAAAAAUGAAA